AAGUAUAGAGGGAUUCCAAUUUAUUUUGCUAAGUGUGUUAGAUCUGGCACCUGUAGUUGAUUCAACGCUUCAAUAUGAAGAAGUAUCAUAUGUUUGUGUAACAACUGAGAAGGAGCUUGAAGAUGAAUACAAUAAGUAUAAAGAUUUCUUUGUUAAGUACCAUCACGAAAACCCCACAGCAACUACUGAUUGUUAUGAAAAAUAUCUUCAAACAGUUGGCAA